AUGGCUUGCAACUUUCCAGAUGUGUUUUACUGGAUUCAGAACCUACCACCAAUCUCAGAAUGGGAAACAAGUUCCAUGUCCUUAAACGUAUGUUCUUCAACCCCAUCCCAACCAUGUCUUGAUAUUACCCUAUCCAAAAGCCAUCAUUCCACAAAACUCUCUUUUGUCAUUAUUUCUGACUUCAAUACUCCUAUCCAUCUUUGGACCUCGAAGCCAUGGAAAUUCGAGGAAUCCGUUUAUGGUUAUAGUGCAAAUUUGAAUUGGUUUCUUCAUGAUAGCAUGGAUGGCAAAGAAGUUUUCUCAUCAAAGCCUUCAAAGUUUGCACUGCUUAACCCAAAGUCAUGGUUCAAAAACCGAUAUUCUAGUGCUUAUCGACCUUUCACUAGACAAGGAGGGGUUAUUUUUGCAGGUGAUGAAUAUGGAGAGAGUGUGUGGUGGAAAGUGGACAAAGGAGCAAUUGGGAAAACAAUGGAAUGGGAGAUUAGAGGUUGGAUAUGGUUAACAUAUUGGCCUAACAAACACAUAACGUUCUACAAUGAAACUAGGAGGUUGGAGUUUCGAGAAAUAGUUCAUCUCAAUGUUGCUUAG